AUGGGACAGAAUUCUUCCUCUCCGGGCCUCCAGUCAUGCCUCACCACAGCCGUGGGAGGUGCCGCCAACGUAGCCUUCCCAUCGGAUCUGCUUUAUCAGAUUAGCGACGUCAAGCCCUACAACUUGGACAUCUCCGUCACGCCAGCCGCCGUGACGUAUCCCGACAGUGCCGAGCAGGUUGCUGCAAUCAUCACCUGUGCCGCCCAGUACAACCACAAAGUCCAGGCCAGAAGCGGAGGCCACAGCUAUGGAAACUACUGCCUGGGCGGCGCCAACUCCUCAGCCAUAGUCAUCGACAUGAAGAAAUUCCAACACUUCUCUAUGGACGAAUCUACCUGGACCGCAACCAUCGGCGCCGGCACCCUCCUCGGAGACGUCACCACCCGCCUGCACGCCGCAGGAAACCGCACAAUCGCCCACGGCACAUCCCCCCAAAUCGGCAUCGGCGGACACGCCACCAUCGGCGGGCUCGGCCCUCAAUCCCGCACGCUCGGCACGACAGCCGACCAGAUCCUCAGCGCCCAAGUCGUCCUCGCCAACGCGUCCAUCAUCCGCGCCUCACCCACCUCUUACCCAGACAUCUUCUUCGCCAUCCGCGGCGCCGGCGCCAGCUUCGGCGUCGUCACCGAGCUGUCGUUCCGCACCGCGCCGGAGCCGUCCGACGAGAUGGUGACGUACACGUACAACGUCACCACCAGCGCCGGCGCCGGCGGCGCGGACGCGGCGACGCUGGCGGCCGCGUUCAAGGCGUGGAACGCGCUGGUGUCGCGGCCGGACCUGUCGUGGAAGUUCACGUCGGUGCUGACGGUCGCGGCGGGCGGGAAUAUGGUCGUGUCGGGGACGUAUUUCGGGGGCCGCGCCGAGUUCGACGCGCUGGACGUGCGGGGCGCGCUGCCGGGCGGCGCGGGGGUGCUGCUGGAUGUGGGCGUGACGGGGGAUUUCGUUGGUGUCGUGGGCGAGUGGGCGGGCGAGGCGGCGCUGGCGCUGGGUGGGGGCGUGCCCGCUGCGUUUUAUUCGAAGUCGUUGUCGUUUGGGGCGAAGGCGGGGACGCUGAUGACGGACGAGGCGGUGGAUGCGGUGUUUGAGUAUCUGCGGGUGGCGGAUAAGGGGGAUGGGACGUUGGCGUGGUUUGUUAUUUUCAACCUUGUUGGGGGGUUCGUGAAUGAGGUGCCCCUUGCGGACGCGGCGUAUGCGCUGCGCGACUCGCUGUAUCAGCUGCAGAGCUAUGCCAUCAGCGUCGCGCCGCCCGUCUCGCCGGGGACGCGGGCUUUCUUGGAUGGGCUGAACGAUGUCAUUGAGGAGCGGGUGCCUGGCGUGCGCGGGGCGUAUCCGGGCUAUGUGGAUCCCAGGCUGCCGGAUGGGCAGGAGCAGUAUUGGGGGGAGAAUCUGCCGAGGCUGGAGAGGAUCAAGGCGGAGGUUGAUCCGACGGACCUGUUUCACAAUCCGCAGAGUGUGAGGCCGGCGGCUGUGUAG